CCAGUGAGUCUCAAUCGGACCAGGGUAUCGUUAACCAUAUAUGCUUAGACCUCUUCCCCUCGUUCUUCUGUUGCCGGAGAUGCCUCUUAUUUAGGCACGCCAUCCACAUGGUCGCUCCAUAGCGGGCAAAGUGGCCAGGCACCCGGCCAUUCUCCCCUCGCUAAUGCGUCUCCAGCCCCCCCAGCAUUGGGGAAUGGUACUUCCAUUGCCAAUCCCGCGGACCAGUCCAACAAGUUGCCUCAACGGUUGGACCCUAGCCCAACUUCCCCUGCACCCCAGACGCCAGCGCCCCACGCUCAAUCUGCUUCUUCCCAACUGUCUCACAGCCAACCGAGCGCACCCCAACAACGCCCUCCAUCUCCUCCACCAUUCCAAUACCCUCCGCAGCCUAUCCCCGCAGCUUACCAUCGUGUUUCUACCCAGCCCUAUACCAUGCCUCCACCCCCACUCCCCACUAUCCCCACUGAAUCCGCCUCAUCGUCCCAGUCCAACGUCUUAGGCUCUAUCAGAAACCGCCGUCGAUCAUCGAUCCAACCCUCCGAAUCCGGUUCUCGACCGCAGUCCCAGUCUCGCUCGCUAGCUGAUAGUAAAGAGAUUAAGAGACGGAGCGGUAAAUGGGAUAUAGGGAACAUGUUCCGUCGAGGCCGGUCCACAGCUUCCAGUAUCAUAAGCAUCGGGAGCAGAUCCAGCAGACCGAGCAGCAUGGCUUUAGAGUCGACAGAUGCUCCCCAGCUACCUCAUAUUCAAGGCACGCAACCGCUGUCGCAGAACUUCAACCUCGCCAGCCAACAGCCUAUGCCGUUCCCUACGACAUCGGGUCCUCCCGGCCCUCAGCAGUUACAUGGUCCUGCUAUUCCCCAACAGCAAGACACUCAAGCCUUUGGCACCGCAGUGCAAUUUCAGAUCCCACAGUGGCAACAAGGAAGCUUAAUGCACCAUCAACCUGCCCUGGAUCCGACGAAGCAAGGCCCUCAAGUGGCAUAUCCUAAUAAUCACAGUGGCCAGCCACCUCAGCAGUCAUCCUCAACAUCAGAAGCGGUUCCGCCAUCUCGUCGACAGUCCACCAUGGCCAUGACAGUUUCCGGCGCGGCGGCACCAAAGGUGUCAGACGUCGCAUUAUGGGAUGAGCCGCCGAAGACUCCCACGGGAAAUCCACACACUGUUGCUCCAUUUGGAGGUCAGGGUGACCAUGGCUUCGACACGUUAAUGCCACCUCCGAAGAUAACGGAAGUUGAGGGAAUUCAUCAAUUGGGAGUCCUGCCAAGCCCAGCACGAUCAACGUUCAAGCGAGAGAGUCAUGGAGCAGAUAUGCCAACCAACGAUGGCGAUAUGUCACCUUCGCGGAUGAGGGAUACGACUGGUGAUAGCGCAAGCGAGGCACCGGACCAGGAGGCGGGGAGUCUGGAUAAUGUGAGACAAAAACUACUACUUGAGAGUGUUGUGAGGCAUUCUCAAGGGUACAUUUUCGAGGGCAUUGAUGUUGAGCAGUUACGAAAGGUGCAGCGAGAAGCAGACGAAGAGAGGGAACAAGAGAAAUUGGAAGAAGACAAGAAGCAACAGAAAUUGCUAAAUGAGAUAACCACUGAUGGCUCUGGAACCAACGUGGAAGCGGCGGUACCGAUCGACGGGUCGGAUACCGUUACUCCUACAGGUCCAUCAUUCCCAAGCAAGGAAGCGCAAGCUGUCAGUAGCUCACAACCAGACGGAGGCCCGGUAGAGCAAAUCGUCGUCGCCUCGGCUUCUCCGAUGUUGGAAGAUGACCUGGUGACUCCACGGGCAACUAUAUUAUAUGAGUCUCAGGUGCAAAGCGCGGGAGGGGCAACGAAAGAUGAUUCGCCCGAUCGUCGCAGAAUUUCGCGAGCAUCAACUGCCGCAAGCUGGGAGAAGGAUACCUCGAGUGACGCUAUCUCGUGGCCUUCCAUCGAGAAGCACCGGGAAUUGCAACCUUCGGACAAUGAGUCUACUGGUGCAGAGGAUUCUGAUAUCGAGAAGACUAUAGAAAUCGAGAAAACGGAGCAGUAUCAGGGAAGCCGACAUAACGAGCCUGCGCCGACGGUUGGAGCAAGUUCUGAGCCGCGUUCCGAGCAGAAAUGGCAAGAAGUCAAAGGGUCUCCUUCGGUUUUCAGUAAGCAGGUUAGAACAGGAGCUGCAGGUCCGUCCAUUCCAUCAGAGCCCACUCCAACAGCAGCGGCCGGCGACGCGCAGAUCCCAAGACUCGAUCCUGCUGUCAACAUAUCUGGUGCUGGUGAACUGGAUGGUUCCGGUAUGAAGCCGACGCCAAAUGUUUCGACGAUUCAUCCAGAUGACGACCAUCCACGCGACGUGUCGGGCUCUGAACCCCCUGUCAGCCCUGUGCGCACAAGUUUCAUGGAAAGGGACUACCAUCCUCCUGCACCGAGUCGAGAACGGCCAAUGUCAUUCGUACAUCUGCCUAGGACAGGAGGCGUCCCGCAAGACGUGAUUACGGUGUCUCCACGGCAUGGUCUUCAAGCCAUAUCAGACUCGGUCUCUGAACAUUCACCUCCGAAGCAUGAGCCGCCAAAACCAUCGUUUACUUCUCCCAAGCGAUCAAGCCAGCAUGGGCCCAAUUUGGCUACAUCGCCGCCAAAGCAGCAUCAAUCACCACAAGGGCCUCAGAUCAGCACCAUUCCAAUUUUAACGCCGCCUGCUGGUCGAGACAUGGGAGAAACCAUACCGCCAGCUGGUCAAGCACAUGGAAAACCGGUGCAAGGGCGACCGAAUCACGGUGUCAAUCCGCCUAACCUACAACUGCCUGCUCAGAGAUCGCCGGAAGACAUUCGUCGACAAACGUUCUCUCCGCCGACUAUUGAUCCGAGACAGCACUCCUCUGAGUAUCGGCUUCCUGGCGUCGGUCCGCCAGCGCCCUCGAAAUCCGAGCCUCUAGUCCAGAAAUCCCGUUUCGGUGGUCAACUUUUCAAGUCUAAGAGCGCACUCAAGACACCACCUGCUGCUCCACCACAGCCGGUAACUCCACAGCGCAUCAAUCCAGAACUGGUAUCUCCACCAUCAAAUCGGCAGCCUUCAUAUCAGUCAACUAUUACGAGUGACGAUGGACAGGAGGAGGAAGCGCAGAAGAAGCUCCGGAAGUCGGGAAUAAUCAAUCCGUUCAAUAAUCGACCCUUGAGCGUUGAUGCAGAUUCUGUGCUCAGCAAGGCGGAUAGCACGCAAGGACAGGCCGGUGAUUCUCCGACUCGUACGAUCAGUCAACAGAUCAUAGGAGGGAUUCCACCGCCCGUUGAAAAGCCCAAGCCGACCGAUGCCAAGUCUGGCAAGAAGCUGCAGAGAUCUUCUAGUAGCCUGGGGCCCGAUCCUCCGAAGAAGAAAAGGUUCUCUGCCCUGGGAAGUUUCUUUGGCAGGUCAGAGUCAAAGAUGACCAAGAAAGGUGGUCCGGCCAUCAUAGGCCCGGGUCCUGCAUAUCAAGACAUGCGAAGCUACCAAUCCAAUCCUCAACGGGGCCAAUCUUCAAGUUCGAAUCGAACAAUGUCUCUUCCACAUUCGAUGCCUCCACCGAUUCUCGAGGAUCCGGGAAUGCCUCCCCCUCUAGGGGGGUACUACGCUCCACCAACGUGGAGUCCAGAUCAAGGUUUAGGUAGGGUUGAUCCGACUGGUCAACAGCAACCGGUUGCAGAAAGGACCCAGUCCUUGACGUCAAACACCCAGCAGCACCUUCCAUAUGCAGGUCCUGCACCAAUUCGCAAUAGUCCUCCUGUUCCGCCUGGAUAUGGGCCUGGUGCUGUGCCGUACGGUCCACAAUCGGUGUCAUCCAUCUCUCCCGACUCACGCGCUAGCCUUGGCCCAAGAACGCCGUCCGGUGGGCCUUUCUUCUAUAACGCUAACGGAUCGCCUGCACAAGGGGGUAUGCCACCCAUGGAUCCCCGACAAGGCCCAGCGCCUGGAAAUCAACGCUGGUCGAAUGCUGCAAUGCCUCCAUAUAUCCGCAUGGGAAGCAUCAACGAGACUCCAGGGCAGCACCAGGAGCGACCGUGGAACAUCAGCCUCCCCUCCAGCGUUGAAGAGUCGGAAGACGAAAUGUCGCAUAACCGUCGACCCAGUCAGGAAAUGAUUGCUGCACGAAUGGCGGCGAUGCGGUACCGCCGCGUUAGCGAUCAGGGGCAUUUCCCUCCUCAGACGUAUACGCCGGCGCAGUUGGCUCAGUUGACGCAGAUGCAGCAGCAUCAGCAGUAUCAACAAUACCAGCAAUAUCAACAGCAGCAGGUCUUCAUUCAGCAACAACGCCUGAUGCAGCAGCAACAGCAACAGGUACAGCAGCGUUCAUAUGGGCAGCCUCCACCUGCUGCGAGCUACCAGCAACCCCCUUCGCCUCAAUCGCAAGCUUCAUCACAGCCUCCACCUCCUAUGAGCUUCCAGCAAACCCCCUCGCCUCCAUCGCAAGCUCCACCACAACCUCAGCAAAUCCUUCAACGUACUCAGUCCCUACCACAACAACCUCAUGGCUUCGUUCUUCCCCAGCAACCCGCGCAGCAUAACCUCCCCCGCUCUCUAUCUCACGCACAUUCUUCCCCGCACACCACGCAACCACCCCAUUCAUCCUACUCACCGCAACCCCCUCCAGCGCCACAGCAGUACUCAUCUCCCCCGGAGCCGGAAAGGACCCCACCCCAGCCACCGAGUCUCAACACGAACGUUAAACCUCAUCGCAUUCCCCUCCCAAUGUCGCCCAGCACAGCAACCUCAAUGUCGCCUAUCAACCCCCUCGCCAUCUCCAUGUCCCCGCCGCCUCCGCCACCGAAAGACUUUCCGCCAGGCCCGCCACAUGUUUUCCAAGAUCCUGCCAAAGGAAACAGUGCUGCACUAAGCACCACAGCAGGUGUCAGCGCUGCUGGUGCUGUCGCCGUCGGAGGUGCGGCGGCCGUGACGGGCGCGUCUGCGGCUGAUUCGCAGCCUCUGCGUGAAGACAGCGAGGACGAUGAGCCGGUUAUGAGGGGGGUGAGCUAUCCCGGCAUGGAAUGGGUUCCGCAGUGGACGGAGGACUAAAAUUCCUGAUUUCCUGUACACAUUCCGGUUUUGCUGGUUAUCCCAGCCGAUCUAUAUACGUUUUAUAUAUGAGACAGUGGGACCUUCAGCGGAUGUAAUCUAUAUUAGCGAGCUUGUCGUCGUCGGUUGAUAUACCCGGAUGAAGGUUUUUUAUUUAUUCUGCAAUAUUGGCCGUCGAACUCUCCGCGUUUGACUUUAUUCAAGCGAUUUAUUAUUUUUCAGUCACUCUGGGGACUAUUUCCAAUAUAUUUGCUGUCAAAUACGAACCA